AAGAGGAAGAACUAGAAGGACAUAGAUGCACCUAACGUAGUGGUUUCUGUAUUACGCCCCCAAAAAGUGUUUGUCACGAAGGAUUGUUUUCCAAGCCUUCAUUAAAGACGCCCUGCUCAGCAACUGCAUUGGAAAAUUCGACUUUCCAGUCGGUGUUCAUACUGCAAGGACAGCUACACUGACAUUACAGACGACUUAGCGUACUCCGUUCUAAGGUGGUCGGGUUGAUUUUUUUUUACAGAUAGAAAAUUAAAGUAGCCUUCGAGUGGAAGAAAAUGCCGUUUAUAAUGAACGGCUUUGCCACAUUGGUGUUGUUGGUCCUGUGGCGGGUGGAGGAGAUUGCAGAAGCGUGCAGUUGUUCACCAGUUCAUCCUCAACAGGCGUUUUGCAAUGCCGAUGUGGUUAUCAGGGCAAAAGUGGUCGGCGGGAAAGAGGUGGAUUCUGGGAAUGAUAUCUAUGGCAACCCCAUUAAGAGGAUCCAGUACGACAUAAAGCAGAUUAAGAUGUUCAAAGGGCCAGACCGCCACAUCGACAUGGUCUUCACCGCCCCAUCCUCGGCCGUGUGUGGAGUGUCUCUGGACACCAAUGACAAGAAAGAAUACCUGAUCUCAGGCAAGGCGGAGUCGAACGGGAAGAUGCACGUGACUCUCUGUGACCUCAUCAUGCCCUGGGACUCCAUGAGCGCCACACAGAAGAAGAGUCUGAGUCAGCGCUAUGAAAUGGGCUGUGACUGCAAGAUCACACGCUGUGCCGCCUUCCCCUGCGAGACCACCGCCGAUGCAGAGUGCCUGUGGACAGACUGGGUGACGGAGAAACUGAUCCACGGUCGCCAGUCAAACCACUACGCCUGCAUCAAGAGAGCAGACGGAUCCUGCGCCUGGUACCGCGGAGCCGCACCCCCCAAAAAGGAGUUCCUGGAUAUCGAGGACCCGUAAUCCCUGCCCCUCCCCACCCCCACC